CAGUUCGCGUUAUUAAAUAUUAUUCUAUUGAAUCGUGGUAUCAUUGCGAAAAUGAGUACCUUAAUUGGAAUACAAACGCUGAUUAUAACGGUAAUCAUACUGUUACUCACUGCCAGUUGGCGUUUGUAUCAAAAGCGGAAGUACUAUCGCGGUGUCACCUCCAAGUUGCCCACGCUUUACGGUAUUCCUUUUAUUGGAGUAGCUUAUGAAAUGCUUGAUGUAAAUAAAAUAUUUCAUAACAUGAGUAUGGGCUUCGACAAGAUAAAUGCAUUAACCGGUUGCAUAUGGGUAGCGACAACGCCGUAUGUGCUGAGCGUCGAUCCUGAGGUUAUCAAACACGUCGUGUCCUCGCCUGAAUUCCUUAACAAAGCCACAGAUGAGUAUACACACUUUCAGAACGGUCUAUUUAAUGGACUCAUCGUUACUCCAGCAAAACAAUGGAAAGCCGAUCGUAAGAUUAUAAGCCCCUUCUUUGCACAUAAUAAUAUUGUUGCCUUCUUUCCUGCCUUCAAUGGGAAUGCAAUUAGUUUAAAGAAUAAGCUGGAAAGAUUGACUGGGCAAGGUGAACAACAUAUUUUUACAAUUAUUAAAGAAUGUGGUUUACAACUGAGUCUUUUAACUAUUAUGGACUUGAAGGUAGAAGAAUGUAGUGACACUUACAGAGAAAUUAUGCAAGCAUUUAAUAAUUUUAUCGAUCACAUGGGAAAGGACUUCUUGUACGGUUGGUUUGGUCUAGCUUUUCUAUCCCGAACUCCACACUACAACAGAGUUCGCAAAUACCUCAAGGACUUAGUACAAUCUCUCACUAAAACACACUUAGCACUACAACUUGAGUCAAAUGCCACGAGCAACAUCGUAGAAGACAAACAACCGAUGAUUGAUAUAACAGUAAAAGCCCUGCGUCAAGGAUUAUUUAGUGAAAAACAAGUAGUAGUGGAAGGCUUCACAAUGUUGGCUGCGUCCUACGAGACCUCUGUUGGUGCGGUAUACACUUGCCUGUUGAUGUUGGCUAUGCAUCCCGAAAUACAAGAGCGCGUCUUCCAAGAGAUACGCUCUGUGUUUCCGAACGGAGUUAUAACCGUUGAAUAUGAGGAUCUGAAGAAAUUGCCCUAUUUGGAUAUGUUUGUUUUGGAAGCAUUGCGUUUAGCUCCGCCCGUACCCUUUAUAGGACGAAAAACCUUUCAAGACAGCGAACUCUGUCCAGGCGUAAUACUACCCAAAGGUGCGCGAAUUAUUAUAUCAAUUUACGAAUUGCAUAGGCGUAAGGAAAUUUGGGGUACAGACUCAAGUCGUUUCAAUCCGGAUAACUUUUUACCCGAGAACAUUGCAAAGCGUCAUCCAUAUUCUUACAUGCCUUUCUCGAAGGGCUCGCGGAACUGUAUAGGUUUUCGUUAUGUGGAAAUUUCGUUACGUAUCAUAUUGAUACAUGCGGUGCGUAGUUUCAAAUUUUCCACAACUUUUAAAUAUGAAGAUAUCGUUCAUGUACCACAUAUUUCACUACAUUAUAAGAUCGAACCGCCAUUGAGCAUAGAGGUCAGAGCAAACUGAAUUGUAUUGAUUGAUGUUAUCAUUCAAGUAUGCAUUUUCUGUGUAUAUGAUUUCCUUGGGACUGUAACUAUUCGCUUAAUACUAAUGAAAUAUGUAUACUGUUGUAUAAUAAGUAAAUAAAUGUUUAUCGAUUAAUGUUUGAAAAUUAGUAUUUCGUUUGUCAAA